AUGCCUUACAGCACUGCAUCAAGCUCAGUCGACGACAAUAUGGUGGCCGGUAGUAGCGAUGUCAAUGUAGUCGGUCCGACAAUGAGACUUACUUCUGCAGAUGAUGCUGGAGACGCCGGCAGCGAGGAUGGCGAAGCUGCACGUAGUCUCGACGCACUUGUGGACAACGGCACGACUUCAGAUCCUGGACGCGACGACAAUUCCAUCGGCUACCGGAUUGAGACAGCUCUGUCUGAUGUCCUCAUCGGAAAGGAGGAUCUCAUCAGUGAUGGCUUCAAGGUGCAAUUUGCUAUGGCUCUUAUUGUCCAGUCGAUCAGCAAGCUCCAACAGCACUCGAUCCUAGACAAAGAUGCCUUUGUCGUCGACUUUCUCUUCCGUUGCGAUCCAUCACACAAAGAAGAUCACGAGGACAUCAUGUACCUAACUGCUAUCACGCUUCUCGAUCUUGUCGGAGCCUCCAGCACAAAGCGUGAAGGGUCGGAGCAGUUUGAGGGUGGCGAACAUUUCGAGGACCUGGUCAACCAGAUCCGCAUUGGAUCUGAAUGUGUGGACGAGAUUGUUGAGCAAGCUCUUGAGAAAGAGGACGCGCGUGGUCGCGAGCGACUCUGCGUCCAGGUUGAAGCCUGGCAGGUGGCGAUCCGGGAUCAGUACAGGCAGCUUCUAGUUUUACGCUCACCGUACUUCAAGGAGGACAAGGUAAAGCUGAAUCAGGAGAAGAAAACAGAAACGGAGUUCAGAUUUCGACACUAUGUUCCAGCACCCAAGCACCCAUGCAAGGACGACAAAAAGGCAGGAUUCAAAAGUGAGGCUACAGUCGAGACUUCCAGCGACGACGCCUCAAUCUCUGGUAAGGUAGGCGACGCAGCAGUAGGGAGUACCCUUGAGAAGCCUUCCAAUGCAGUGCCGAUGACGACACCAAUCCUUAAGCUGAAGAGGAAGAUGUGGCAGUCUCGAGAUACUCGAGCUGCUCAUGGAGGUGACGCAGCAGAUAGUGGUGCACCGCGCGGGAAGCAAGGUCUGAUCUAUGUCUUUCACAGACCGUCUAGGGACGGCGAGAUCAGAAUCGAGCGAUGA